ACCUUCUGUAGAAAAUACAGGAACUGGACAGGAGCACUUAGAGGCAAACUAGCACAAUGGACGUAAUCUCUAAAGAGGGGCCGCUCUUUUUGCAGGGGGUCAAGUUUGGGAAGAAGAUAUGGCGGAAAUCCUGGCUGGUUCUGUUUGAGCCCAGCCCUGCAGGGAUUGGUCGCAUGGAGCUGUACGACAUGCGUGAUGGAGGGGGUCUGAAGGGGUUCGCCAUGGGAAGGCCUGCGGGGCUCAGGAAGACGGACAAACGGGUGAUUCGCCUGACAGACUGCCUGAGCAUCACCCCGGCCCCAGGAGAGAGCUGUCCCACGGAUUGCUCUGCCUUCUUUUUAAACACCACCUCAUGCACCUACACCAUCGCUGCUCCCACUCGAGAGGACUGGAUCUCUGUUCUGUGCCAGCUGGCAUUUCAGAAGACCCAAGGAACUGAAGAUGCCAGGAAAGUCCAGAAAGAUAAAUACAUGCCGCCGGCUGAUAAUCAACUGUACUCCACCUGGGGAGCAGGCCAGUUCCAGGUGACAGUGCAGAGCACAGAUGCGUCUCAGAGGUGCAGGAUGUCUGGGUCAUACCUGCUGUCUUCUGAGAAAGAGGCUAUUUGCCUGCUGGACCUCAAGACCGGACAGUCCAUCUACCGCUGGCCCUACAGACUGCUCCGGAGAUUUGGCCAAGUCAAGGGGGGGAUUAUGAUCGAGGCUGGUCGUCGCUGUCACACUGGGGAGGGUCAGUUCAUUUUCUUGUCAAAACAGGGGUCACAAAUACACAGGGCCAUUGAGGAGGCCAUCAUGCACCAGAGUGUCCAAGAACUGCUGGCACAAGCUACUGCUCUUCCGCAAGAGUUUGCACCCCAGCCCCCCUCCCCUCAAAGCAAACCACAGGACAGGUCUACGAUGAAAAUGCUUCCUCCAAUCAGCACGAACCAAGAGCGACCGCGCCCAGCAUUAAAAUGCAAAUAUGGACAGCCGAUACACAAAGCCAUUGAGGAGGUUCUCGUACACCAGAGUCUCCAAGAGCUGCUGCCACCAUCCAAACCCCUUCCACUACCCAUUUCACCAAAACCCAAAACUAAAGUCAAUAAGUAUUAUCCAGUCAGCAAGAAUCAGGAAAGACCUUGCUCACCUGCACUGCAGAAAUAUGGGCAGACGAAACACAGGGUCAUGGAAGGAGCUCUCACACACCAAAAUGUCCAAGAGCUACUGGCAUCAUACAACCCUCCUCAACAAGCUCCUCCACUGCCGCCACCCUUGCCUAAAACCAAACCACGGGACAGGCCUAAUGUUAAAAAGCAUCCUCCGGCUAACUUAAAUCAAGAAAGACCAUCUCCUGCACAAUCACGCAAAAACAUCUCCUUACCAGAUCCACCUUCUAGCGCUGUGAAUAGCCCAGAUGAUGUUUUGUAUUCAAUAAUAUUUCCACAACCAAAACCAAGAACAAAAAUGAAUCUCCCCGGAGUGUCAACACCUCCCAGUCUACCACAACACUUUGGAUUUCACAUGAAUCCGGAUACAGAUGUAAUUGUGGAGAAAGAGAAGGAAUGGAAAUCAUCUCAAGAACCUUCUGAGAGCAGCGAUGAUGAGGCUCACUACACUAACUGGACUGCUAAGACUACUGCCGAACAGGAUCAACCCGAUAUUGAGGAUCUGUAUAGCAAAGUGAAUUUUGCCUCCAAGCUUAAGAACAGACAGACUGAGGACAAUAAUGGUCAAGAGCAGCCAAACGCUGGUCAACAAACUCCCGUGAUCACUUCAAGCGAAAUCUCUGUCGACUUUAAACAGACCCUUUCUAGCAUUCUUUUUAGAGAGCUGUCUAAAAUACCACCCGCAUUUCCUUCCAGGUCACAUGGGGGAAGUUGCGAUCGGAUAGACAAUAUAGAUGAGGAGAUGACUGAUUAAGGGUUCUAUGUCUAUAGUUGAGGUCACUGCUAGCCUGAUAAAUGUAAGUGAUAUGUUUUAUACUGUGCGGUAAGUUACCACAUAGUUUUUCAAUAAUAAUGUACAGAAUAUGUGAGAGAGGCUAAUGGUUAAAUCUAGAGAAAACUGUAUGAUAUGAAUACUAAAGUAAAUGAUUUUAUUAGAAAAGUCUUUGUAAAAAUGUGUAUUACUAACCAAUAUAUCAAAAAUUGUCUAAAACAAUUGGUCGCUGGCAUGAAAUAGUUGGGUGCGGUUGUUGCCUCUGUGUCUUU